ACUGCUCAAAUCUCGUAUUUUGUUAUACAUAUCAUGUCGGUUACAUCAUGUAUUUCAAAAUGUUCCGUGAAAAGAAAUUUUCUAAAAGUGAUAUUCGACUUGGACAUAAAAGUAAGAAACGAUCUUUUCAUGGGAAUCGAUAUUCAAAUGAAUUGGAAACAGAGUUCGCCAGUACAUCGGCAAAAAAACUAAAAGAAUGUAAUAAUAGUGACGUGCAAAUGGAUAUGCUACAAAGCAUAUUAUUGCUUUAUAAAUUUUUAUCAAUUUUUAAUAAAUUAACUGAAAUAUUGGUGUGCAAAAAUUGCAAAAGAGAAAUUAGUUUUAGUAAGACUGGAGAAAUGGGGUUGGGAUUUAAAUUAGUCGUCGAAUGCAGCUGUAGGAGCCAUUCCUUCUUGCCCUCUUAUUAAUAAUCAAUCGUUCGAGAUUAAUCGACGUAUAAUAUUUGUGAUGCGUAUUUUGGGCAUUGGAUUGAAUGGCUUAAAUAUAUUCUGCGGUUUGAUGGAUUUAUGCACAGGUUUUACUUCGCGUAUGUAUUAUUCUGCUUUGGACAACAUUUAUAUGGCUGCAGAAGCUGUGCAUGAUCUCAGUAUAAAAAACACUGCAAAAAAAGAAAUCGAAGAAAACGCAAAAGCAGAAAAUAAACCUUUACAUUUAAUAACUGUGUCUGGUGAUGGUACAUGGAGUAAAAGAGGCUUGUCCUCCUUAUUUGGCGUCGUUAUACUGAUCGGAAAGUAUGCAAACAAAGUACUGGAUGUUAUUGUCAAAUCUAACUUUUGUAAAGCAUGUUCACUUUGAAAACAUGAUGAUUCUAUAGAAGAGUUAUUGUGGCACGAACAUGAAAAAGACUGCACUAUCAAUCACUCAGGAAGCGCAGAAAAAAUGAAAGUUGACGGCAUUAUUGAAAUGUUCCAACGAUCUCAAGAUUUACACGGCGUUAAAUACAAAAACUAUAUAGGUGACGGUGAAAGUGAAACUUUCACAAGUUUGCUCAAUAAGAACCCAUAUGGAGACGAAUUGUUAAUGAACAAAAAAGAAUGCAUUUCACAUGUUCAAAAGCGUAUGGGAAGCAGAUUGAGAAAUGCUAAAAAGUCGCACAAAGGUAUUGAUGGAAAAGGAACAGGAAAAUUAACAGAUAAAUUAAUUAAAGAUUUGACUAUUUAUUAUGGAUUAGCAAUACGACAAAUUACAGAAUCUUUACAGAAUAUGAAAAAUGCAGUAUGGGCGACAUACUAUCAUAAAAUAUCCACCGACAAACAGCCCAUGCAUUCUCAUUGUCCACCGGGGUUAGAUUCUUGGUGCAGUUGGCGCGUUGCGGAGACUAACGGCACAAUUCAAAAUUAUCAUCACGAUCCACCUCUGACUUCUGAAGUACAAUCUGCCAUUUACAAGAUUUAUGAAGAUCUUUCUGACGAUAAUUUGUUAACGCGAUGUCUCGGUGGACAUACACAAAAUAAUGUUAUAACGAAAGUUACAACGAAGUUCUCUGGCACUACGCGCCGAAACACAAUUUUUGUGGGCCAAAAAUUAUAUCUGUUUCAGCAUUUUUAGCAACGUGUACAUUUAAUGACGGUUUUAUAAGUUUAUUAAAAAUAAUGAACAUUCUAGGGAUCCGGUUUGGACAAAUAGCAAAAAUAUUUGCCGAUGAAAAGAACGGACAGCGCAUAAGCAAAGCAAAUUGUCGUACGUCAGAAUCCUCAAGAGAAGCCAGAACAGCUCGGCGAUUGGAGAGAUUAAUGGAAAAUGAAUUUUAUGAAGAGGAGGAAGAAUCAGUGUAUGGCCCUAGUAUUGCAGAAUAAUUAUGAUUUACAGAGUCAAUAUUACUUCCGUUAUGGAGACGAGUUUUGAAGAUGACCCCUAAUUCGAUCGUCAUUUGGAGACAUUAAAAUGCAUAUUCAUCUAAUUAAAAAAUAUUUUUUUUACUGUUUAGACAUUACAUAAUUUCAU